AUGGGCGGACGGCCGCUCUGGCAGGCCGAGAUCGGGCGCAUCAUCGCGAGGACAGAGGAAAACCUCCGCGCGCCGAGGACCGGCCCUCCGCUCUACAAGGUGCCGCGGGUUGCCGAGGCGGCCUUCACCGCGCCGCUGCUGCACGCCCCAUUCAUGCCGUCGGCGGCCUCCGUUGAGGAGCGCCGCACGACUGCGCCAGCGGCGACGGUGCCAAUCGAACCCUCGCCGCCGCCGAGCGCGUCGGGAUACGACAGCUUCGAAGUGCACAACUACGGCAUCAGUCAAGGAAGCGAGGAUAGCGCCUGUUGCAACAUUAGUUACGCCAACAACGACAUCUGCGGGUACGAGGUUGGCGGCGAGAGCGACGAGAUUUCGAAUCAUGUCUCCCCGUGA